UACCGCCACUGGAACCGGGAGAUGCGGCGGCGCCGGGGCUGUCGCGGUGUUUGCUUUGAGUUGACUCUUGUACCUUCAGGCGGCUCCCUGUGCAGCUCGGAUCAUGCUGUUACCCUCGGAUGUAGCCAGGCUGGUGUUGGGUUACUUACAACAAGAAAAUCUCACAUCUACUUGCCAGACUUUUAUUUUGGAAAGCUCAAAUUUAAAAGAAUAUGCAGAACACUGUACUGAUGAAGGUUUUAUCCCAGCCUGCUUAUUGUCCUUAUUUGGAAAAAACUUGACAACAAUUUUGAACGAAUAUGUAGCCAUGAAAGCAAAAGAAACAUCAAAUGAUGUCCCAACAAUAAUGUCAUCUCUGUGGAAGAAGCUAGACCACACACUUUCUCAGAUCAGGAACAUGCAAAGUUCUCCAGGGUUUGCUGCCCAUCAGAGAGCACGAACAAGAAACGGAAUUGCAGAAAUCAAGCGACAGAGAUGGCUUGCAUCUCAGGCAGCUCCCGUCAAUUCAGAGUUACUGGUUUUACCUUAUGGUUCAGGACAAUUUACCACUUCUCCUCUGGUAGCCUCACAAGCUGUUAAACCAACUGGCCAAAUUGCAACUCCAGUGAGGUCAAAUAUUGUAGUAGUCAACCAGUCACAGUCACAAAAUACUGUAACUAGUAAGUCUCCAGAGUCUUUGAAUAUCAUUCCUGGUCCUCAGGAAAGGAAAACUCACACCAGUUUAAUGUCUCCUGGUAGACGUAAAAGUGAAUCCCAGAGGAAGAGCUUCCCGCCGUCUGGACCUCAUUCUUCAGUAAGGAAUUUACAGGAUCCAAAUGCAUUUGCAGUAGAAAAACAAAUGGUUAUUGAAAAUGCAAGAGAGAAAAUAUUAAGCAACAAAUCUCUUCAAGAAAAACUAGCAGAAAACAUAAAUAAGGUUUUGACUAGUGAUAAUAGUGUUGCUCAAGUACCUAAGCAGACAGACAGCAACCCGGCAGAGCCAGAAACUUCAAUUGACGAACUCCUAGGACUUCCGAAUGAAAUCCACAUGUCUGAAGAAGCAAUACAAGAUAUAUUGGAACAGACAGAGUCAGACCCAGCAUUUCAGGCACUCUUUGAUCUCUUUGACUAUGGUAAAACAAAGAGUAAUAAAAAUAUAUCACCAAGUGUUUGUAGUCAACAAAUGGAAACUAAUCCUAAUAUAGUCUUAGCUGAAGAAACUAAUCUAGCAAUUAAAAGUUCCUUUGAGACAGAAGAAUCUGAUGGGCAAUCUGGUCAGCCUCCAUUUUGUACAUCCUAUCAAAAUGAAGAUGUGUUAUUAAGUGAUUUGAAGAAUGGCAACAACCACAAUGCUCUUCAACAGGAGUCCCAGGAAAAUCUCUCCCAAAUAAGCUCUAGCAUUCAAAAAAAGGCCUUUAAAACAGCUGUACCUGCUGAACCGAAGUGUGCCCUUGACAUUACCUUUGAGUCUGUGUCUAAUUUAACUGACUUUAACCAAAGAGGAAGCUCUGCUGAAUGUACUGAACACUGUUCUGAGUUAUACAGCAGUCAGAUGCCCACUGAAGCUGAAGUGACUGUGGAGGUUGAAAAGAAUUCCUUGUCUCCGCCGAGUAUGUUGAGUGCACCUCAUUUAGAGCCUGAUCAGCCCGAUGUGCCGGUUACUUCCUUUGUGUCUCUUGGGGGUGAAACCAGUGAUGAAAACUUAAUUCUCUCUGGGAAAAAUUCCCAGCUUUUGUCCCAGAGUACUCCAUUAACUGAAAAGCCAUCUAAAAGUCAAUUCUGUGAAAAUUCUAACAAUAUAAUAAAAGUUAAAAGUAAUGCCCAUGGUUCUGAGUCACCAGAUUCUAGUCAAACUCCAAACAGUAAAAUUGAAGUUAAUAGUGUAUCAUCAGCACAGCCACUACCAGAUUGCCAAGAUAAUUCUUCAUUGGAAAGUAAAACAUCACCUGUGACUGUUGAAAGGUUAGGUUUAGAUGUAUCUGAACAAAUAGAAAUUCAUCUUGAGGAGUCAGCCCCUUCAGAUAAACAGCUAUCUAAUGGUUCAGCAUCUGUUGACUUAAAUCAUAUGGAAAACAAGACUGAGACACUUAAGUCUGAGAACUCUCAAGAGCCUUCCUCUUCUAUGAAAGAUGGAGAUACUAUUUUUCUCUCUUUGGGUGAACAUAACAGCUGUGAAGAAGUUGCACUGAUUCCCCGAGAAGGUAAUCCUGUGAAAAAUAAUCAUUCGCUUCCUUCAGAAUCUAGUGGUUCAGUUGGGGGUUCUCCUGAGAUCCAAAAUAUUGAUGGUAAACCUAGCAAAGACUCAAUGGAGGUAGAUGCAUCAAGUAUUGUCUCUCUCAAAAUCAUCAUCAGUGAUGAUCCAUUUGUUUCCUCAGAUGCAGAGCUUAACAGCGCUGUAUCUAGUAUCGGUGGAGAAAACUUGCCAACGAUAAUUCUGUCUUCUAAAUCUCCUGCCAAAAAUGCAGAAUUUGUUACAUGCCUAUCUUCAGAAGAAACUGCAAGUGCUGUUGUAUCUGUUGAAGUAGGAGAUUCUGGCCCAAUGGAGCAGAACCUUUUAGUACUCAAGCCUGAGGAACCUGUAGUAAACAACCCUCAGAACGAAGAUGGUAUUGCUUUUUCAGCCAGUGUUGCCCCUUGUGUUCCUAAGGAUGGAGGCUACAUACAGUUGAUGCCCACCACAAGUACAACAUUUGGCAAUUCAAGUAACAUUUUGAUCGCUACCUGUGUGACUGAUCCAACAGCCUUGGGACCAACAGUCAGUCAAUCUAAUGUAGUGGUAUUGCCUGGGAAUUCUGCACCUAUGACUGCACAGCCUCCUCCACAUCAGUUACAGACACCACCAAAGUCUAACAGUGUAUUUGCUGUCAACCAAGCUGUGUCACCAAACUUUUCACAAGGAUCUGCCAUCAUAAUUGCUUCUCCGGUCCAGCCUGUACUUCAAGGAAUGGUGGGAAUGAUACCUGUCUCUGUAGUUGGACAGAAUGGAAAUACGUUCUCUACUCCUCCUCAGCAGGUCCUUCACAUGCCUUUAGCAGCACCUGUUUGUAACAGAAGUAUCACUCAAUUCUCCAUUCCUCAAAAAUCUCAGAAGGCUCAGGGACUCAGAAACAAGCCUAUUACAGGAAAACAAGUAAAUAAUUUAACAGAUUUGUCCAGCCUUCCAGGAGCAUGUCAUAUGCAAAGUAGAACUGAAGUGUCUGAUAAGAAUACAGCCACUGAACUUGGGAAAAAAUUAGAAGAGGUCACAAUUCCCCUCUCAGCCGAGAGGGUAGCUCCUACCAGCAAGCCAUUUGAAAGUCAUAGGCGUGUGCUCUGUUUCGACAGCACUGUUUCUUCUGUGACAAGUGCCCAGGGGACACAGUAUAAGAUGACCCCCCAAAACAAAGAAAAGAAGGAACCCUCCUCUCCUCAUCUCGACUCAGCCAUUGUGUCCUCCACCCUAAAACCACCUCCUAAUAAUGCCAUUAAAAGAGAGAGAGAAAAAACUGUGCCCAAGAUUUUAUCUAAAUCAGAAACUGCCUUUAGCCGACAGAGCACUGUGAAAGAAAUUCAGUCUGAAAAGAAAGCUUUCCCCACAGAAGUGGCCCUUGAAUCUUUCCAUAAAGCAACAGCUAACAAGGAGAAUGAGCUGUGCAGUGAUGGGGAAAGGCAGAAGAGCCCAGACUCUUCAAAACUGCCUGGGGCACAGCAGAGUGGGAGCUUGCGGAGUGAGAAGACUAUAGCUUCGCUGCAGGAGGUGACCAGAAAACAAGCUGCAUCCUCUAACAGUAAAAGUGCUACUUCUAUAGGUGGAACUGUGAAGGACCUAAAACAAGAGCAAAGUAAACCUGCUAAUUCUUUAAUCGGUGCAGAAAUACUGCAGGGUGUCCCACUGCACAACCCAGCAAAUAGGAUUGCUGAUACUGAUUUGCCAGUACCCCGGACCCCUGGCUCAGGAGCAGGAGAAAAGCACAAAGAAGAACCCGGUGACGGUAUGAAGGCGCCCUCUAGCAGGCGCGUUGGUGAAGAUGGCAGCAUGCCCAGAAUAAUGGUCCCUCCUGUCACUGCAGACUUGCCUGCCUGCAGCCCAGCCAGUGAGACAGGCAGUGAGAACAGUGUGAGCAUGGCUGCCCAUACGCUGAUGAUCCUCUCUAGAGCAGCCAUCGCUAGAACUGCAACUCCUCUGAAAGAUAACACACAGCAGUUUAGAACAUCUUCAAGGAGCACUACAAAGAAGCGGAAAAUUGAGGAAUUAGAUGAGCGCGAGCGAAACUCCCGUAUUUCUAGUAAAAAUCUUGCAAAUUCAUCAGUACCAAUGAAGAAGAAGAAGAUCAAGAAAAAGAAGCUACCUAGUUCAUUUCCAGCAGGAAUGGAUGUGGACAAAUUCUUGCUGUCACUGCAUUAUGAUGAGUGAGCACCUGACAUAGAGAACAGUAGUUGUUUAAAACUAGUGUCCUUCAAACGCGUGUAGGAAAUGGGAUAGUGACAGACUCUGCAAACAUGACCUGCACUUUCAAUGGACCGAGAUUUCACUUUAUAUCUAAGUCAUGCUGUUUCUAAAGCAGCUUCCUAGUUUGUAAAUAGACGUUCUUGGUAUAUUUUUAUUUUAGAAAAACAGAACAUGUGCAAAAAUGUAAGUAAAGCCUAUCUGCAAAACUGUACAGCUUUGACACUGUAUAUUGUACAUGUGUAUAUCGUGUAGAAAUAGUGCUUAAAUCAGCCUGAUAGUCCCACAUUGUCUUGACUUCUGUGAUGCCCAAGGCUUCUGGAGUAGUUUCUCAUCUCCUUUGGAGGAAGAUGAUGGUUAUUCUUAUAAAAUUACCAUAUUAGUAAGACACUUAAAUUUACAGCCACUACAUAAAAAAUAAUAAUGAUAACCAUCUCAACUGGUUAGUAAAAUAUCUAAUCAGGAAGCAACAGUUUGGUGAUUUUCCCCCUAGAGUCAAUAUUUUAUCACCCUUUCUCAUAAGUUGCAGUAAAAACUAUAUUUCUGAAAUUCUGUACUUUUUUCUGAUCAUCUGCUCUCUUUGUUUUAAAGAGAUUUUUAUAAACCAUUUAUUAAGUGUUCUGAUACUUCAAUUUAUAACUUCUUGAGAUCUUUUACAGAACAUUAAGUGGUUAGACUAUUGAGCCAUAAAAAACUGAGUUAUGUAGUAGUGGAGAUUUCUUGAUUAUAUAUAAACUUUCCCUAAGCACAGGGGAUACAAAGAAUUGCACUAAUUCAUAGAAUUUUUCAUACUAGUGACCAAUGCACAUUUAAUUUAAAUCUUGUAUGUAAAAGCUUAUGUGGAGGAUUGUCUUCUGGUGUCUUUGAAAGUCAUGUCCCAUCAUAAGAUGUAAAAAUACAAAUCAUAGUUAUAUUGUAAUUUAGUUUACCCUAAAGUGGGAUGUGUAAAUAACUGUGUCUAUACUUACCUAUAGAACAUUGUGUUCCUUGAAGUGUUGUAAAUAGUUGCUCUCAAGGUCCUUAAGGGGAGUGAGAGGUGCCUUCUCUGUUGGAUGGACUUACAUAAACAACAGUCAAAUUGAAAAGCUGGUUUAAACUUUAAUGACAGAAAUUAUCAUUAAUACUUGACCAAUUGUGCCUAGAUAUUGAAGUGUUUUCGUAAGUCCUUUCUGUUUAAAUAUCGGUAUAUUCAGAUUUUUUUUCCUACAAGUGUAUAUUUUAUUAAAAAGUCACUU